AUGGAUGUCGACCGAUCCCGGAACAGGAGAGAUCGAACCUUUGCUGGCAGCGCAUGCGCCGUUUGUGAAGAACCAUUAGAACAUACCCUCCGCGGCGAGCGUAUUCUGCAGUUUUCUUGCGCUCAUGUUGCCCAUGAGGCAUGCUUUUACGAGUUUAUUCGGGACGUCGAGCCACAGUAUUGUCCGAUAUGCUCUGCGCCCCUGGGACUAGAUGCCAGCAGAAGUGGAAAUGUCCUCGACCUAGGUAAGUUUCCAGCGAUGAUUGGUCAUUGCUUGAACGUGAAUGUUGACGUGCUGGAAACAGAAAAAAUAAGCAACCUCGUACGGUCUGUGUCCGUAGCCGAGUCUCAAACGAAUCGCAGCGGCCAUGCACCAGCAGCGUCGUGGGAUAAUGGGAGCAACAGAGCUGGUUCGAUGAACCAGGACUAUUCCAAUCGGUCUUUCAGCAACAGCCGCGACGUUAGAGAACAUUCUCGUCUUGACAGUAGGGACACCAACAGCCACCGUGAGAGGCUCGAGAGGCUGACGCUGGGCUCGCGAAAUGAAAUUCUCCGUCCUGAGACUGGGACAGUUGGAGGACAAACUGCGUCAGAGUACCAGCACGAUGCCCACCAGUCAUCAGUGUCGAGACGCCACGACUACGAUGUACAGGCUAUGGAGGCUGAACUUGGCCCUCGUCCAGGCAUCAGCAAGAACCUCAUUCCGGCACCCAUAGUGACAGUCCGCAGCGAAUUCCCGUCGCUGAAUCGUUCCCGCCAACAGCAGCCCCUCACUUGUUUGGUCACAGUCGAAGUUCCCGGAGAGAAAUGGUCACCAGACUCGGAGCAGAUACAUCAGACUCCCGGUACCAUCCUUCCCGCAGAAGAUGCUCAGUCUUUGGCGGUAAAAGCACAAGGUCUCUCUAGCCCCGAUACGCAUGCGCAGGAACAGUCCCUCACCGAAUCCGAAGAUAUGCUCAGCACCAUUGCAGAAGACCUCCGUCUUCGGGUUGAUAAUUGGCACGGUUUGGAAUUCGCAAGAUUCGGCAAGCUUAACCUCCACGGAACAAUCCGCGUGGGUAAAGACAGAAACUCAUGGCAAGAGCUGGAGUGCUACCUUUUCUCCGACAUGCUCAUCUGCGUGAAGGAGAAGAAGGGCCGACAGCCCAGUCAGAGCCAGAACAUGUUUGAGGACCCAGUAACGCAGCGCACAAGCACGAGAUUCACUCUAAAGGGAUCGAUUCUCAUCAAGAAGCAUCUUAAAGAUCUGGAGACCAUCCCUGAUGAUCUUGUUUUGACUUUAAACUUGUCUGUGAACGAACUACCCAGAUUCCACCUGAGGUUCUCAACCCUUCACCAGCUAGAUAUCUGGAAAAGGGCUUUAGGGGACUUACGGAACGGGGGCGUGGUAACUCGCCCUGAUCCUGGGGUAGAAGUUCCCGCAUCAGAGGAGGAUGACUACCGAAUCUCAAAAACACCCAGUAAACGGGAGUCGUCCGGCUAUUCGUCUUCUUACGGCGCUGGGAAGUCUAGCAAUACUGCAAUGACGGAUUAUACUAGCCCAGGGCGUGAGCCUAUGCCUGUAUCCGCAUUUCAUGUACCGCUCGACAUUGUUGUCGUCAUACCUGUCUCUUCUUCGAUGCAAGGCCUCAAAAUCUCCUUGCUUCGUGACACUCUGCGUUUUCUCGUCCAGAACCUUGGCCCCCGAGAUCGCAUGGGUCUGGUUACUUUUGGUUCAUCUGGCGGAGGCGUCCCCGUUGUUGGAAUGACUUCAAAGACAUGGAACGGCUGGGGAAAGAUAUUCAACUCAAUUCGGCCCGUAGGUCAAAAGAGCUUACGUGCGGAUGUUGUUGAGGGUGCAAACGUAGCCAUGGAUUUGCUAAUGCAACGCAAAUCGUUCAAUCCCGUGUCUACGAUAUUGCUGAUUAGCGAUUCGCAAACGACUGACCCAGAAAGUGGUGACUUUGUCGUCUCUCGCGCCGAGGCAGCAAAGGUUGGCAUUCACACUUUUGGUCUCGGACUUACCCAUAAGCCAGAUGUUAUGAUCGAACUCUCAAGUCGAACAAAAGCAUCUUACACGUAUGUCAAAGAUUGGAUGAUGCUACGAGAAUGCAUUGCCGGGUGUCUUGGAGCAUUACAGUCAACGUCACAUCAAAACGUCAAGUUGAAGCUGCGUUUGCCAGAAGGCUCUCCGGCACGGUUUGUUAAGAUUAGCGGUGCCAUGCAUACUACUAAGCGUGCAACGGGAAGAGAUGCAGAAGCUAUCUUGGGUGACUUGAGGUUCGGAGACAAACGAGAUGUUCUUAUCCAGCUCGCAAUUACUCCAGACACCUCUGCCCCUGAGCAUGUGCCCCAAGAUCCUUGGGAAAGCAUAGUUUCUGGGUUAGAAGCACUUGGCGGGCCAAUUGAUGGUGAUGACCAGCGGGUAGCGAGUAUAGAAGAGGUACCUCUAAUUCAAGCCGACGUUACAUAUGGUGACAUACUACGUGAAGGUCACCUAACCCACUCACCGAGGCCAUCCCUUUUGGCUAUCACAAUGUUCCCACAAAACCAGAAAUCAAAGAAUGUUGGACGGCCCAUUAGCCCUCCAAUCCCGCCUCAUCCUUCGAUUGUUCAACGUCGCAUGGAACUGCUUACAUCCGAUAUGUUGAUGAGGUCGCUUACUCUAGUGACUCGCGGUCAGCAUGACCGCGCUCACCACCUUCUCACCGAAACUAGGAGUAUUCUCAAGGGUCUCGGGAAGGGAGGUUUGCCGCCGCUACCACCGGGAGCUAUCCCAACACCAAACCCGCGAGCCACUCUCACCCCCACUCUCACUCCUGCAUCCGAAGCGCACUCCCCUGGAAACUACUCCCCUCAUUUCCCGGAUGCUCUUGAUUGUCGUGCUUCCUCGCACUCACCUGAAGCGCCAACCAUUACCCCUGUUGCUGCUGUUGAUUCUGCAAUUAUAUCAGCAUUAGAUGCCGAUCUUGAGGCUGCUCUAGAAUGGAUCACCCACCCUGCUGUUUUCAGCCGCGAUUCACGCAAGGCAGUUCUUCAAGCUAUUGGCGUCAUUUCCUCACAACGAGGAUACACUUUCCGAACCCCCUCUGAAUCACUAUGGGCAGAGCGCAUCCCAGGCGUGAAGCGCUUGACUGAGAAAUCCCGAGAGUGGCGUGAGGUUGGUGAUGAAUCCUUGGCCGAAGAAUAG